AGCUGAUGAGUCUUUUGAGGGUGUUGAACGUGGUGGAGUGGGUGUCGGUCACGUGACAUCAAAGUUCGAAUUCGCUUGCGGUCGGCCCACGUUCCUCGCUUCUCCACUUUCUUGGGCGGGUGGUGGUGCAUUUCGGGGGGCGAGAGAGAGAGAGAGGAGAGAGAGAAGUUCCGGCGGGCCUGCGCGAUGUUCCUGCCUUUCUCUAACCGUACUCCAGCUCCCCUCACCUCUCUCUGACCAUCACAUCGCAGCUCAUCCUCACGACGCAUAGCAGGGAGCACUGUCCCAUCCGCGUGGGUGAAUUGCAAGGAUGGGUCACUACAUCCCAAAGAGGCGCUUGCCAGCGUUACACGCUUACAAAUAUUCGGGACAAGAUGACAGCUGGAUAUCUGCAAACCUUCUGUCUCCCUGGUGGAACUGGCUGGUACAGCAAUUUCCCCUCUGGGUUGCCCCGAAUACAAUCACACUUUCUGGUCUAGCGCUCGUAGGCAUCAACUUUGCGUCGCUUCUCAUCAUUGAUGGAGGCAUGGACUGCGGCACGAGCGCUAGCCUGGACCCCCGUCGGCGGACGGAGAAUCUCAAUGCGAGCGGAGACAAGUGGGCGAGCGUCAGCCUCUUUGAGCACUGGGGAUUUCCCGAGAGUAUGAAAGAGCAUACUUUCAGCCAAGUGCGAUGCAUACCGCCCUGGGUCUUUCUCAGCUGGUCGAUCGGUCUGUUUCUCUACCAGUCACUCGAUGCUAUCGACGGCAAGCAAGCGCGCAGAACGGGCAUGGCGGGGCCAUUGGGAGAGAUGUUCGAUCAUGGUUGUGAUGCCAUCAACACCACGCUAGAGAGCCUGCUUUGCUGCGCAGCUCUCAACGUAGGAAGGAGCUACUGGGCGCUCGCAUCUGUCGUAGCAACUCUCUCCAACUUUUACCUGACCACGUGGGAAGAGUACCACACCGGCACACUCUACUUGUCUGCGUUCAGCGGUCCUGUGGAGGGCAUACUGAUGAUCUGCGUCAUCUACCUCAUUACGGCCAUCGUGCCAGGCGGGGCCAACUUUUGGAACAGGGGGAUCUUCAGCCUGAGCGGCAUCGAAAGUUUGGACGUUCCAGCUCUUGCACAUUUGGCGGCGUGGAACAUCAAGGCCAACGAAGCCUUCCUUUCCUUUGGAGCGACAGCUCUCGGCUUCAACAUCCUCGCAAGCUACGGCAACGUUCGCAAAGCGAGGGCCGCCAAAGGUCUCUCUACCGUCACACCGCUCACCGGCCUGCUCCCGCUCCUGGCUCAAAAUGUCGUCAUGGUCGCGUGGGCGCUUGGAAACCACGGUCAAUUGCUGAAAGACGGCAGCGUCUUUGUAGCCUUUAUAUCGACCUGGGGUCUUGGCUUUGCAUACUCUGUAGGCUUGCUCAUCGUCGCCCAUGUCACCAAGGCACCUUUCCCGUAUUGGAACAUUGCGACUCUGUUCGGGCUUGUGGGUGCGGUUGACGCGUGGUUACCUACACCCAUCCUUCAAUCGUCGCCGCAGCGGGUGCAGGUCACAGUGCUCAGCUCGCUUGGCCUUGCAGCAGCAUUCUAUCUGCACUUUUGUUACGAUGUCAUCACCACCAUUACGGUAGAGACUGGAAAGCCAUGCUUCCAAGUCGUACCACCGGAGCAGCAGAAGCCGAAGAACGAGGGAAAAGAGCUGUCCAAGAAGCAGUAGGAGUCAAUAGCGGGUGAAAUAGAAAUCUGGGUUGUGGCGGUCCUCUAGGAGGUCGCCAUUAGAGCUGCAUUGGUGACGUUGGGUAUAAUACAUAUUCAUUCUUGCAGUCACGG